UUCUCCCCCACUCAAGAGCAGAGAGAGUGUUCACCGGGGGGUAGGGAAGCACGGUUAGGAGGGAGCACACCGCCGCCCGCCGCGUCCUGUAGGAGGUCACCCGCAGCCGCUGCUCCGACCCUUCCAGGACGGCAACAUAGGCCGACAUGCACGCGUGCUUUCACGGUGGUGGCAACAGCAGCAGGAUCACCAAGUCCAUCGGCAUCAUCAGGGACCUCACCAAGAGCAUGAAGACUUUGUCCCUUAAGGCGAAGGUUGGGGGUGGUGGUGGGAGUCGCGCGCGGGCGAGACGGCGGCGUCGGCGGCCGGCGGAGGAUGAGGAGCUGCAGCUGCAUGACAAGGAUGUCGCGGCGGCGGCGUCCGCCAAGAUCGCGCCGGCGCAGCCGCAGGAAGCCGACGGCGGUGAUCAUAAGGAUCAUCACCAGCACGAGGAGGAGGAGCACGGAGGAGAGAAACACGAGCACUGCGACAAGUGCUGCUCCCCGUUGGACGACGACGGCGCCGGCGAGGAUGGGGAGGGGGCCGCAGCUACAGCGGGCACGAGCGACCGCGAGUGGGUGGCGGAGCCGGAGCCCGGGGUGCUCAUGACGCUGGUGCCGCGCGCCGACGGCACCAACCACCUCCGCAGGAUACAGUUCAGCAAGGAGCUCUUCGGCGACGCGUGGGAGGCGCAGAGCUGGUGGGAGGACAACUACGACCGCGUCGUCGAGCUCUACAGCAUCGUCCAAUCCGAGCACUCGCACGACGAGGAGGAGGUGGACGACGACGACGAUCCAGCGCCCGUAACCCCGUGCCAGUCCGAGGACGACGAGCACCAGCGGCAGAGUGGGACUGGAUCGCUGGAGUACUUGGCCUCAUGCUCGGCGUCGGCGUCGGGAGGGUCCACGUCCAACUUCUCCGGGCCAUCCAGCGGCAGCGGCGGGGGGUCGGCCAACACGGUGGACUCUCCAAUUCUGGGCCUCAUCACAGAGGCCAUCAGCAGCACAGAGGCUGCCCAGGCGCAUCACAGUCAGACAACUCGCCAAGUGACACUUACUGAAGAAGUAGAUACAUGUUCAUCAAUCUGACAAACAGAGCAGAAUGGAUUACGACCUGUUUUGAGUCUUGACUGAACUUCUUUAUAUUGUACAGCUAUUACAGUGCUUUGAGUUUUGAGUACCAUCAUUUCCAACAAACCAGAAGUCAUUACAAUGCUUUAACUUAAAUACAUGCUAAGAUCAUCCCAACCAAUUCCUGCCAGGAUCUAGAAUCACUUCACGAAGGACAAGCAUAAAAGAAUUACUAAGGUUAUUCCUUUCAGCGUUCUAACAACGGUUUCUUUUU